CAAAAACUACUAAUAGAACAUCCGUAAUCCGUAGGUCGCGCCACCAUAGCAUAGCAGCAAGUACAUCGUGAAAAUAGCUUUCGACCGAACAUUUGUACUGGUGACAAAGGCGAAUCGUCGCAAUGGCCACACAUACCAGGAUAUUGAGCCGAAUAAUUCCCGAUAGUUUGAAAGUUGGACAAUCGAUCCGAUUUAAUAGUUAUGAGGCCACUCGAAUGAAUUUGAAGUUGACGGGCAACACAAAAGUGAUCUGUCAGGGGUUCACAGGAAAACAGGGAACUUUUCAUAGUAAACAGGCCAUUGAAUAUGGCACUAAAAUGGUCGGAGGAGUGUCUCCGGGAAAAGGGGGCAAAACCCACCUGGACCUGCCUGUCUUCAACAGUGUCAAAGAGGCGAAAGCAGCCACAAACGCCGACGCUUCAGUCAUCUACGUCCCCCCUCCGGGUGCUGCCGCUGCGAUUUUAGAAGCAAUGGACGCAGAAAUACCUUUAAUAGUUUGUAUCACUGAAGGCAUUCCUCAACAAGACAUGGUUAAAGUAAAACAUAGACUUAUUCGUCAAAACAAAAGUAGGUUGGUAGGCCCGAAUUGUCCAGGUAUCAUUGCUCCCGAGCAGUGUAAAAUUGGUAUUAUGCCCGGACAUAUUCACCAAAAAGGUGUCGUUGGUGUAGUUUCAAGAUCCGGCACUUUGACUUACGAAGCUGUUCAUCAAACCACCCAAGUCGGUUUAGGUCAAACGCUCUGUGUGGGGAUUGGCGGAGACCCCUUCAACGGGACUGACUUUAUUGAUUGUCUCGAGGUGUUUUUGAGAGACCCUGAAACGAAAGGUAUUAUUCUUAUUGGGGAAAUUGGAGGAGUUGCAGAAGAACAAGCUGCGGAGUAUCUCAUGCAGCACAAUACUGGGCCUAAUGCGAAACCUGUCGUUUCGUUUAUUGCGGGGCUGUCGGCACCUCCCGGCCGGCGUAUGGGCCACGCUGGGGCUAUCAUUUCCGGGGGUAAAGGAGGCGCCCAAGACAAAAUCAAUGCCUUAGAGAAGGCCGGAGCUAUUGUGACCAAAUCACCGGCUCAAAUGGGCAACGAGUUAUUAAAAGAAAUGCGCCGUUUAGGAUUGGCAUAAACCCAUUUAAUGUCAAUUGAUAUUGUAUUAUAGUUUAUCCAUUAAAAUCGAUUAUACCCAAGCAGAGUGUAUUUAAUCCGCUUAUUAAUGUUAAUAAGAUAAUAUGAUUGUGUUCCAGUAACAUUGUUAUUUCAUUCGUUAAGUAAAAAACUGUUGUUUUAAA